CCUAACCUCAAAAAUGUUGUUUCGCAAUCGCUUUUUUGGACAAACGUGAUAACAAGGACACUUUUUUUUCAAAGAAAUUGUUGUUACAUCACUUCAGCUUCGUGAAGUGAAGUUUUAUCAUUUUGUGCAACUAACCUUGUAAUUUGCACUCUCAAUUAAGCUUCCACGGGCAUCGAGUAUUUUCAUUGCAAAUCGUUCGUGGCCAGGAGUUCUAAUGCCCAUGAGUUUUGCAUCAUCUUCCUCCUGUCUCCAGCGCCAGAAAUUGGAUAUUUUGAUGGGAUCGCUCAGUUUAUAUUCUGCAGGCUCUAUCAGAAUCCAGCAUGGGUAGAAACAACAAAGCAAAAGGACACAAAAACUUGAAAGUCGUUCAAUCCGAUAACUUUAAAGCGAAGAACAACAAAAACAAAGCUGUCAAUUUACGAAAAGUGACUCAAGAUAAUAAGGACAAAAUAUUGAACGUUAAUAAACAAUUUGAAGAAAUUAGCUCUUCCCUCUUGAAGAAAGUUGCGAAGCAACCCACACCCACUCCUAAAAAAGAUUUGAAGAAUGUCAAAAUUCUAGAAGAAAUGUGCAAGAAACAUCAAGCGAGCGAAAGAAAAGAGGAAGAAGUUUUGCACAAUUUGUCAGAUUUUAAAUUUUGAUUUGAAUUCUUACAGUGAGACAAAAGAGCAUUUCUAAAAAGCACCAUUCUUCACUACUUUCAACGGUGAACGUAAAAAUGGAAAUCGCAACGGCAGGGAUCUUAAUAAUUGGAGAUGAAAUUUUGAAUGGUGAAGUGGUAGAAUCAAAUGCAUUUUACAUGUGUUGUAAUCUGAGACAGCUGGGUGUUAAAGUUGCCCGAAUAACUGUGAUUGGUGAUGAUGUCGAGGAAAUCGCCUCCCAUGUCAUGGACUUCUCCAAAAAAUUCAAUUAUGUAAUUACGACUGGAGGGAUAGGUCCCACCCAUGAUGACGUAACUUAUCAAGGUGUUGCAAAAGCAUUUAAAGUGCCUCUUGUAUGCAACGAAAAUCUAUUGAAAUAUUGGGACAAAAUCUACUCUAAAACAGGCUGGAAUUUAGACAAAAGCGCCUGGAAAAGGAUGGCGACGAUCCCAGGCAAUGCCAAAGUCACAUUUUUCCAAAGUAAUAAAAACUCUGAAGGUGACUAUACCGUCAUAGUAUCAAAUAUUUUCAUUUUACCAGGUGUUCCUAGCAUAGUCAAGAGAGUAUUUUUACCUCUUGCUAAAGAAUGCAUUACAUCCAAUAAUGUGUUUUACUCAACAAUAAUUUACUUAAAUAGAAGUGAAGAGCAAGUCAUGCCGUAUUUGAAUCCAGUCGUGGAGAAGUAUGAUAAAAAAGUCGCCUUUGGAUCCUAUCCUAUUUUUUCUAAUCGUAUUUAUCAUGCCAAAAUCACUGUUGAGUCGCCAGUGAGGGAAACAUUUCAAGGGGCUGUGUCUGACUUAAAGUCAAGUAUACCCCAAGAAUGGCAGGUGAACAAUCUUGAAGUUGCCGCUGAAAACUUGCAGAAAGCAAUUAACUCAUUCCUGUUCAUCAGUCAAUCUGUUGAGAUCCUAGAUGAAUGUUUCAAGAGGUAUCAGUUAUCAAACAUCGCAGUGGCAUUCAAUGGUGGUAAAGACUGCACCGCUCUCCUCCAUCUUGUGUACGCUUAUUGCCGUUUUCGCUCUAUAGAUGUUUCGUCCAAGAAGUUGCAGUGCAUCUACUUCCGCAGCAAUGAUGUGUUCCAAGAGCUGGAAAAUUUUGUGGAGGAAACUGUGAAAAGGUAUGAUAUCAAUCUGCUUACCAUCGAUGGGGAAAUUAAAACCGGCCUCGAUCAAGCACUGAAGGAAAAUCCUCAAUGGGAAGCCAUUCUGAUGGGCACUCGUCAGUCGGAUCCGUUUUCAUCGUGUUUACAAGCUUUUCAGAUGACGGAUGUAACAUGGCCGAGGGUAAUGCGAGUGAAUCCCAUGCUCCACUGGAGCUACGAGGACGUAUGGUUCUUCUUAAGAUACCUGAAUGUGCCUUACUGUAGCCUAUAUGAUGAUGGUUACACAUCUCUGGGACAUGGCUCAACCACUAAGAAAAAUCCUGACCUGCAGUACCUCGAAAAUGGAGUUGUGAAAUACUACCCUGCUUUUAAACUCAAGUAUGGAGAUAGUGAACGGAAUGGUAGAAAAUAAACGCGAUGAAUUACCAAUUUUAGUAUCUUGCCUAAAUUAGUUCCAAGCACUAUAGAGUUUCAUUCAUGGAUAAUUUAUGCACCGAAGUUCUUACUUGUUAUAUUAAGAAAGCAAAUGUAAUUUUGGCAUUGAUAAAAUUUGAGAAGUGUUGAGGUACAGAAUGUCAGCUUUCGAACGGUUUUAUGAAUGUGAUCUUUAAUUUAAAAUUUUGGGUGCAAGUUAUGAGACCGUUUCUGUAAAGAACACGGAAAAAUUUUUUGCUGAGUUAACAUCUGUUAAAAAUCAGUGCUACAACCCUAGAAUGUAUCAACGCAACUGUUAAUGUAGAGUCGCGAAGAUGUUGUUGCAUGAACAGGUAGAGCGGUUAUAUCAGCAAUUCCCGAUUUUUCGUGCAAAUUUUUGACAUUUCGGAUGUUAUUUCAGCAUCUUUCCCCCUUUUUCUCUGCGAAAAGACUGUGCCCGGUUUAAAUUAGAAAUAAUGCCGAUUAAUUGGACUUCAUUUUGCAGUUCAAAAGUACAAUUUCUGGUCCAUCUAAAAAUGCUUAUGUCCAUAGAGGAACUAAUGGUGUGGACUUUGUUUCUAAGCUAGAGGCAGAAAUUGAAGUUCUUAUCUGCAAAAUAUAGUCCAAUUAUAAUGUUAAAAAUAUCAACGCAACAAAGACCUACUUUCCCUCAAUCUCUUCUUCAACUAAAUAUAAAUAUAUUUCACUAGAUUUAUUCGAAUUAAAACCUGUCCUCUUCAGGUUUUUGGAAGGAGUAUGUGAGGAUUGCCCUUAUUCGGAUCUAAAAAUUCCUGUUUUGUAUCUAUUACUCCUAUUAAAAAAGUUUUGUAAGUGUUUUUUCCACAGUGCCUCUCCUUAAAAUUUAGCAUUUCUUACCGUGUACACGUAAAAGAAGUCCUUACAUUCACUUGUUUCUUCUUGAUAAUCUCGGUGAAUUUUACAGUUUAAAAGAUAUAGGUAUUGAUUCUCAUUGUUUCAUUAAAACGAGAGAAACUCUAAAUAGUGUCAUUUUUUAAGUCACCUUUUUAUCAAUGGUUUUGAUUAAAACUGAUGGAUAUUUGAA